AAAAAGGAUGCCUUUUCAUUUCAGCCCGACGACCCGCUCAAACUUUGUGUGGAGGAGGGCUUGACCAAAUGUGAAAGGUGGCAACAGACUAUGUUUCUAAGAGCGGCGGUGUUGAAGAUAGAAGACGAUGAAAACGUGGACUCCGGAGCUGAAACUGCAGAGUCUGACUACAGCAGGAUGUCAUCAUCUGGCAUUGAGCUCAUGACCAGCCAGGUCAGACAGAAACGGCCGCAGCAGCCACUCCUGCUAAUGAACCUUCAUCUGCUGUCCAACCCUGGAGACUCACUGCUCCUGCAGCAAACCCUGGAUCGCCUCCUCCGCUGGCUCUGUCCUAGCCUUCGCAUCUUCCAUGUGUCAGAGAGGGCCUGCCCGUUCAGAAGUUACACCCGUCUCUGUCCUGUGGCAGGCUUGCCUUCUCUGGCCAUCACUUUCUUCCUCCAUGAGGCAUAUGGAGAGGAGCGAAUCCUCAAAGUGGUGGACUUCUUCCAGCGUCCACCGUGGCAGUACCACCACACCGAGAGCUGCAGCAGACAGGCCGUAGGGAUCCAUAUCACAUCCAGCAGCUCCCCCACCAAUGCACUAAUGCAGCCCUACCUCCUGCCCAGCAGAGACUUUUACAGCUUGGGUGCAGGGAUGCCUGUGUGGGGAGUUCGACCAGUACACUGUGGAGGAGAGAUACUGCGUGUGACGCUGUACAGUGGAUAUGACAACUAUGAGGACGCUGUGCGGCUCUAUGAGACGGUGUUGCAGCGACAGGCAGAGGAGCAGAAGACAGGCUUCUGCUGGUUCACUCUCCACACCGAGCCCGGGCUAUGCCUGCAGCUGGCUAUAAAACAGUUGUCACAAGGGGUUCGGGUGGAGCCAUGCAGCUCUGCUGUGCUGCAGUUCAGUGUGGAAGAAAUUGGACAGCUAGUUCCUCUGUUGCCAAAUCCCUGUACCCCAAUCAGCACUACACGCUGGCAGACAGAAGACCUUGAUGGCAACAAAGUACUUUUCCAGGUGAAUACCCCAACCCAACCUCAGCGGCCUCUGACCUGUGCUUUCCCUCUGUCCUACCCCAGCGUGUCCCCUCGAGGAAUGCAGCUCAGGAGCUCAGGACAGAGUCACAGCCUGUCGCCCUGCAGCCUGCCAACAUCGCUGCCCAGGCAGACACGCAGGCAAGGUCCCAGGCCGCGCAGUGACCCCGUCCUGGAGAAGCUUCAUGGCGGAGCAGAGAGUCUGGGAUCAGGAAGCUGCUGCAGCACCCCUCCAGGCAGCUCCUGUUACUCAUCGCAGCGCAGCAGUCCCUCAACCACCAAUCACCCUGAGUCUCCUCUGCGCCCCUCUAUAACCCGCUCCCUCUCCCAUCUCCUUCUGGAGGAGGAAGAGGAGCCAGAGACCAACGUGGACACUGGAGUUGCUGUCACACCUCGCUCUGAAACUGCUGUCACAACAAUCAUUCGCUCUUCUUCCAUGGACCUUUUAAAUACACCCAGUUCUGAAAGACCUGCAGCUGUUGGGGCAUCAGCCAGGCAUGGUCUGGCCAAGGAACUGAUUGAAUGUCUGCCAUUGAAGCAUAUAACACUGCAGGGCCCCUCGCAGACAAGGGGCUACGCGGGUUGUCUAGAUGCAGCCAGGCAGGGCUGUGGAGGCAGGACUCAGGCAGCAGGACAGAGUCCCUCCAAAAGGCCUGUAGUGGAGCUGCUGUCAACAGGCUCAAACAGCGACCAGCAAGUAGAUGAGUUCUUCAUCUAAAAACCCUCCAAUACACAGCUCCCUGUGGUGAUGAGCACACUGCAGACAAGAUGAGACACCCUGUAAGUGGAUCUGAAGUCAUGCUGGAGGACACAGCUGAGCAGCCUGACAUCUUCUGUUGUCAUGAUUGCUGCUCUUGUGUCAAAGUUUGGCUGCAGGUGACACUUUCCACUCAGAAGUUAUUUGAAGUCUAGAUUCUGAAAAUGGUUAAAUUCAUCUCAUGAGUUUUAAUGACUAUAAUGUACAAUGCUUCUAAUCUGUUUGGUACCUGUAGACAAAGUGGAACAAGAUCACUUAUAUAUUUGAAGGCAAUGCAGCUAAUGAAACAAUGAAUGUCUUUUCAUAUCACUAAUGAUAUGUGCAGCUAAUGUGCUAAAAUGCAUCAAUGAGAAUAGUAAAACAUGAAGGAAGCGCUCUGUAUGAGGAGUUAUUGUCAGGAUAUUAUGCCAGUCCAAUCCUCUGUAAGAUAAAUCAUGUCUCGAUGAGAGA